CAUGCUCUGCGCGAGCGCUUCACAAAAAGCCCGAUGAGAAGAGCGAGAAGGAAGAGGCUACCAGCCGAGGGGGUAGCCGGUUCCCGGAGAGGAUUUACUGCUCCUGCCGUCCCAAUCAUCAAAUCGUGACGGCAGCGAAUGAAAACAAAGACAAAAGCAUCACUGAAACAUGAUGCUCACUCCGGCAGAAGAUCUUCCGUCGGGCGUGUGAGUGUCGGCAGGUUUCCAACCGCCGCCUCUUCGGUGGAUUCUGCUGUCCGAGUCCGUCCUGACCCGCGACACCGCCAGGCGAUGACAGCGGCUACAGCCACUCCGCAGGUGAUGAGAGACCGGCUGCUACAGGCCAUCGACGGUCAGAGCAACCAGAUAUCCAACAUGGUGGUAGUUAUGGAGGUGAUCUCCUUUUUGGAGAAAUAUCCUAUCACCAAAGAGGCCCUGGAGGAAACCCGUCUCGGCAAGCUCAUCAAUGACGUCCGGAAGAAAACCAAGAAUGAGGACCUUGCAAAAAGGGCAAAGAAGCUCCUGCGAAACUGGCAGAAGCUAAUUGAGCCAGGGAAAGCUGAGGUGUUGUCCAAAGGACACACUGGGGCAUCAUGGUCUUCCAACAGUGGUGCUCAUCCCUGCAUCUCUGCUUCAACUGCCACCUUGCCAUCGGGUAAAAUAGGUCCAGAACUGAAGAAUAGAAAUGACUUCAACAACUGCUCCCCACCUCGGAUGGAAAAACCAAGCAACAAUAAACGUAAGGGCGAUGAGAAGGAAGGACAGCUCUUACCAGCCAAGAUAUCCAAAACGACUCUUAAUGAUAAAAUAAAAAACACCAAACAGUUGCUAACCAAUGGAAUUGGUGGAAGCUCUGAAAUCUUUGCAGACAGUCGUGCACAUCAGCCUUUAGAAAGGGAGAUUUCUGAGCCUUUGGACAGUGACAGGCUGAAUAAAAUUCCUGUCAAUGCUGUAAAACCUCAUCCAAGUACCCCAGGAUACAACAAGCCUCCUAGCACUUCAUCUUUGCUAAAAGCAUCAGUUCUGCAGCGACAAGCCAGACAGGAACAAGCUGCCUCUGGGGGGCACUAUCGACCCAGAAGCCCACGUGGUUCCUUGCACAGUCCUCAAACUCCAAGGCAAGACGCUGGUGUUAAACAAACUGCAUCACUAGUUCAGAGUCUGUCUCGACCCACUGUGAGGCCUGGGUCUAUGGACACCUCCGGGCUGGGGUCUUCACCUCAGGCUCUCAAUGUUUGUGUUCAGGAUUUGCACACUGACGGUUCGUGGUCUUCAGAUGUGGACUUUGAAAGCAGGUCUUCUAAUACAUCUCUUCACAAUUCCUAUGUCUCUUCCUACAGUGAUGGAUUUGAUAUAGAAGACGGUGGUGCUGUAAGCAAUACAAGGGAAAGGAAAAUGCAGAAAUACAAGUCUAAGAACUACGUGGUGAAAUCAGAUGCACAGGCUGUAGAAGAUGGCACUAAACCAGUCAGGUUAAAAGACAGGAGGUUGACAUUUGACCCUGUAACAGGACAGAUCAAACCUGCCUUUCAUAAGGAGUCUUGCCUGGAGGAGGAGGAGGUCAGACUGGGCCGCAAACCUGAAUCCCACUGGUCAGAACAGUUAAAGCAGAGUCCACCAGUUCCUCCCAGUCCUUUCCAGCAGACCGACUGGAAAGAGCUGUCGAGGAGCGAAAUCAUCCAGUCGUACCUCAGCCAGCAAAGCAACGUGCUGAUGUCAUCAGGUGCCCACACCCCGGGUGCACACUUUUUCAUGACCGAGUUUUUGAAAAAAGACGAACACCAAAGUAAAGAUGCCAAGAAAACACACACUUUGGCUCCAGAAUUCCCAGCCAGGGAUUUACCAGGGAUUAGCAGAGAGGUCAUCAGUGAAGACCUGGACAGAUUACACACACAACACUGGUCCGGUGUUAACGGUUGCUACGACACAAAAGGUAAUUGGUUUGACUGGACGGAGUGUAUCUCCUUGGACCCGCAUGGAGAUGAGAGCAGGUUGAACAUCUUACCGUACGUCUGUCUGGAUUGAAACGGAGGUCGGGUCCCUGUAUUGGUUGUAAACUGCUUUCGUCAUACGGCAGAGCAACUUUGCAUGUGUGAAGUCACUUCAUUUAAGUGGGAGCUGAUGUUCUGCAGCGUAUGUGAAAGUGAAGUCAAUGUGCUGCCUUCUUGGGUGUGUGUAAAGCACAGAGGGUGUAAUCAAUGUUUUUAUUAGUUCUUAAACAUUGUGUGAGGACAACACAAAGGAAAAAGCCUAUGCAUUAUCUGACCAUUAAGUUGUUGCUGUUCAAGAAGUGCGCAGAUUUAUUAUGAGAGAGGAGAACACAUUAAACUGCCUAGCUACAUUUAUUAUUUUACAUUUGUCGUCUUUCGUUCUCCACAUGCCUUGUGGAAUUUGACUCUGCUGAAGUUUUGCAAACACCCAUAUUCAGUCCACAGUGAAGUAUAUUCUGAUCUUAAGUUUGGUUCAGUUUUAUGUUUAAAAAUACCUGUGACUCAGUGAGCUCUAUCGCCUUUCAUUAGAGAGUAGUAAGUGACAUGACUGGAGCAGACAUCAAACAGCUACAUAACCCACUUAGAUUUUUGUUGCCAUUUCCUCAUUCGCCUUGAACAGGUGUAGCUGUGUAGCUGCUAAAGCUGAAAUAAACGCUAUCUUCAAAAAGCUAUCCUCAUUACCAUUGAUAUUAACGACUAUCAAAUGUUUGUGCUGUGAAAAACAUUUACCAUCGCACAACUGCCUCAUGCCUCAACUUUUUUCAAAAGGAAUAACGGACUAUUCAGUUUUAAAACGCUUGAAUAUUUUCUUGCGUUGUGCAGUUUGGAUGUUAAAUAAAGUGACAUGAAACUGCCAGAUGUGACUGAGCUUUGAGAUGAGAGAGAGGGAGAGAGCCUCCUGUUGGGGUAGAAUAAUACACACCAAUAAAGAAGUGUUAAUGUCAAUAAUGAUAUUUAUUUACAUUUAUGUAUUAAUUUUAAUUUUUUAUAUAUGUUCAGACUACACUAAAUCAUCCUUUGUUAGAUUUCUUUGUUUAUAAUUGGUUCAGAGAUGCAGCAGCAACUUUCUAAACUUUUCCUGCUGAUGCACCAAUCUAGCUUACACGGGGAGAGGCUCCAAAAUGGCCCAUUUUGGUAAUGUGAACUAAUUUAAUUUUAUACUUGGCUUUUCCCUUUACUGUGUAUUUAGGUUGUAAAAUAUGAAUUAAAAUGGAGGAACAGAUUAUACGACUAGCUUGCAUCUUUGUACUGUCAGGAAGAACUAAGAUAUAAAUUGACAUGCUGGAUAAAGUACUUAAUAUCAUUCCUUUAGAUAUUGUUUGCCUUAUGGAAACCUGUGUUUUCCCUAAAGACAGAGCCUUAGUGAAUGUACAGAAAUUAGCCUUUUGUGUUCAAGUGAAUGCAGAAGAGAACAUAUUUGCUACUUAGUCCUUUUAAGUGGACAUGUUGAUAUGUGUUAAUAAAAAAACUGAAGGAAA